AUGACACAUCACACCUUGGAAGCAGAUGACGGCCAAGAAAUCUGCCACCAUGAGACUUGCCUCAUCUGCGGCAGACACUUCCUCACUUGGCAACCUGCCCGUAUUCGAAAUGACCCAGCUCAAGCACAGGAGCUUUUGAGCUUGUUGCAGAAGGCUGCUUCCAUAAAAUGGUCUGCCAAGACAAGACUUAUGGCCGGUAUCAUCAAAAUGAUUGAAACUGGUGGAAGUUUCAAUCUCUCCAUCUCUCCACUUUGCAUCCACCCAGCAUUGACCUGGAAUAUGCUUUUCUAA